AUGCAAAAUUUUUAGGAGGAAACUGUCGUUCGAUAACUAAUAUCUCAUAUAUGUGGUCCUGUUGUUGAGAGGUAUUCAAAACAUAUAAAUUAGACUUGCAAAUGUUGAAAAAGAACUUGAAAAAAUUUAAUUAUUCACUCAUUAACAUAAUAGAAGAAUAGAUAUUUUGACAGAUAAAUCAGAUCAAUUGUCUUUUGAUAUGUAUUGUAGUGUCAUUAUAUAGCAAAUUGAUUAAUGAAUUAAUUGAGCAUCUUAGAAAGAAUACUUAAGAAGAUUAAUCAAAAGUAAUUGAAAUUGAAAACGAUUUUAAUUUCGAGUUAAAUAAAAUAAGAUUAGAAUAAGGAACUAUUAAACUUGAAUAAGAAAAUUAAAAGAAAGAAAUAACUAUACUAGGUGAUGUUUAAUAAAGUUUAACUGAGAGAGUGGAAAUUUAUAAUAACUAUUUAAGUUAGAAAUUGUAUCAACAAGAUUUUACUAUUAGUAAUUUUGACACUUCUAAUUCCAAAAUUAUCUAAAAAUUAACUGAAAUGAAUUUAAAAGUAUUUUAUUAUUAUUUUUUAUUAGAAUCAAGAAGAAAUAUCAACUAUAAAUUCACAUACACAAAGUCUUUUAUCAAAAAUUCAAAGUAACGAAUAAGAACUCAAUAAAAUUUAAUGUAGUAAAUAGUGGAUGCAGGAUAUGAUUAUAGAAUUAAGGUAAAAAUCAUAAUACUUUUUAACAAUUGAUCAAACUGACUUAUUGGAAUAGACAAAUUUAAAAAUUAUACCAAAUAUCAUUACUAAUUCUCCAUAAAUUACAAAGUAUUAAUCAUAUUUUUAUUAGUUAAGUUGAUAAAGAAUAAAUUUAAGGAAUUGUUGAUGAAAAGUUUAAAGAUUUAGCAAAUUAGUUUGAUAUUUAAAUUUAAUAAUCUUCAGGAUAAAAUAAAACCUAAAUAGAAGAAUUAAAAGUUGCAUUAUCAAAUCUUAAAUAAGAUUUUUAAAGAAGACAUCAGUUGAUAAAUUCAAAUUUGAAAGAUAUUAAUGAAAAAGUUUUAAAUGCAGUAAUUUCCAUAAAAGAAUAAAAAAUGGCUUCGAAGUAACUAAUUAAUUAAAUUGAUGAAUAAAACAAAUUAUAAUUUCAAAAGAUUUCUCAAGAUAUAUAAACUAUUUAAACUAAUAUAACUGGGUUGGAUCUUCGGAUGGCAGAAACACAUAUAAAGGUUGUUCAUGUCUAAGAAAAAUAAUAAGAAAUACAAGUGCAUUAAACCUCAUUUUAAUAUAUGAACAAUUAAAAUGAAAUUAUAAGCUAUCAAUCAUAAAAAUUUGAUUCCUAAUAUUCUGAUAGUUAUUUAAUUUAAAAUAGUAAUGUAACUUAAAAAAUUAUAAAAACAGAUCAAUCUUAAUAAGUGUAAACUAUAGAAAACUUGAACAUUAUAAAAUAAGAAGAAACCAAAAAUUUUGAGUCGAAUUAAAUAAAUAACUUGAUUUAAAAUUAAUAGGAAAUACUUUUAACUCCAAAAACAAAGGUUUAGAAUGAUAUUAUUAAACUUAAGUCAGAUUUUUACAAUGAAUAAUAAUACAAUUAAAAUUAAAUGAACAAAUUGUUAAAACAAAAAACUGUUACAGAUUAAAUACUUUAAGAUAUCGAUAAAUAAUUAAAAUAAUUCAAUUAGUAUUUUGGUGUAAUUUUCUCCUUACUUUUACAUAAUGAAUUGAUAGGGACAGAUGUUUAAGCAAAAAUUAUAGGAAACGGAUUUAAAUUCGAGUUUAUACCAUUUUAAUAAGAUGAAAAAACAAUAAUAUCAUAUUAAAACAAUAAGAUAGCAAAAGUGGAGCUUUUGAUGAAAACAAUAAAUGUCAAUCAUUCUAUAAUAAAAAAAUAAAGGCAAAAUACAUUUGAAUUUUAAUAGGAAAAAAAGAAGUUUAUUACAGAGACAAGUAGAGAAUUAAAGAGUAAGAUUAAUAAUAUAAUAAUAGCAAUGUAUAAUAAUAAAAAGAAUAGAUUUUAGGAGGAUAGAUAGAUCACAUAAACAGAAAGGCUAAAUUUAUCUCUAGAUGCUUCGACAUAUCAAUAGUUACCAUAUCAGAAAGUAAAGAAAGUAUUAGUAAAAUAUAAGAGAUUAUUGGAUUGA